AUGUGUGACCUGUAAUAGCCAUUAGUUCGGCACCAGUCGCCCUGCCGAGCACAUCAUUCCACGACUACUUAUACUGAAGAUCGCUUACAAUGAGAGCUUUCGGAGCACAUCUUAACCUGGCAGUGGUGAUGGGCCCGGCUCUGCUGAUGGUCCUAGCCUGCCCCAUGGCUGUUGCUCGAGAGGAGGACAUUUGCAGGUUGUUCUCCAACAACACGGUAAUCCGUGACCCCGACUCCUGCAGCCAGUACAUCACCUGUAUUGACUCUGUCAGCAUUUACGGCUCCUGCAGCGGAACCACGCCGUUCUUCGACAAAGACACGGGGAAAUGCGUAAAGAAACUGACGGACGACACGUCGUGUUAUGUGUCCUGCGUGAAUGCCACAAGCCAGUUCGUGGCUGACCCGAAAUCCUGCUACGGAUACUAUUACUGCCUGGACCAGGAAACGCCCAUGUUCGGCACCUGCCCGCAGGACACGCACUUCAAUGCCACUACCCAGACCUGCACGCGGCUCUACGAGUCGGAUUGCACCGCCAGCGACUUCGAGUACUGCAACAUCGUAAAGAACAAAGUGAACUUCGACAACCUGCAGUCUUGCGCCAGCUACCACGUGUGCGAAAAGAACCUCUUGAAGACAAAGACCUGCUCGUCCCAGUACUACCAGGCCAGCACCGGCGAUUGCGUCGCUAAAUCCCUGGUGGACUGUGUCGCCCAUCCACUGCCCAGCAAUGUGUGUGGCAAGGCAACGAAGCCGUAUGAAAACAAGUUCGUCUCGGAUGGAGCCACAUGUCGGGGAUACUUUUUCUGCGCCAAGCAGUCGAAUGGCACCCCAGAUCCCAAUCCCACUUGGAACCAAUGUCCCCAGGACACCUUCUUCGACGCCAGCACCGAGACCUGUCGCAGCCCUAAUCUCGUGAAAUGCACAGAGGAUCGCUGUGACGGUCGUUCGCUUCCCUUCGUGAUCAGCAGCACCAAGGGCUGUCGCAACUACCUACGUUGCAUCGAUGGAGUAGCUUUCGACGAGCAGUCAUGUGGCAAUCUAUUCUUCGACGAGGCAAAGGGCGGCUGUGUCUCCAGCGUUGUAUCCUACGCCAUAUGCUAGAUGUUGCUAUACAAUAAACCGCAGAGAUUUAAUAGUGCUCAUA